GCGCCAGAGAAAAGUGUGUGAGAUGAAGAAGGGCGAAUCAGCUUACAGCCAGGCACUGCCGGGAAUCAACGGGUUUCUGCUGUCCAUGGUGAUGGUUCUUCUGCUGCAGAAGCGGAAGGUCAAUGCGAAGAUGAGCUGCUACCAGAUGUUCAAGGUUGCAUUGGACUACAUUGCGCACUCUGACUGGGCCAGCACCGGUGCAACCCUCGCUGGGGCUCAGGAAGGGGCCCCAGACAUCUCGACCUUCACGUCCCAGUACGAUGUGACGUUAGUAGACUCCAGCGGCCACUACAACAUCGCCGCGAAUGUGCCUCUGUCCGCGUACGCAGAGUUGAAGUCCGAAGCUCGGGACAGCGUGCGUGUAUUGGACUCGCACGCGCAGAGCGAAGACUUUGAGGCGCUGUUUAUGAACCCCGCGGACUAUCUGACCAGAUGCGACGGUUUUGUCCACGUGCGAGCUUUGGCGUCCUUGAAUGCGGCCUUUUCAUUGGACAACCGGACCAAGACUGACGUCAUUGCCGACUGGGGCUACGGAACACCCGCGGCAGUGGUUGAGAAAAUGUGUGCGCUGGUACGAAGGGGAUUGGGUGAUAGGGUGACCCAACUGCGCCUGAGAUAUGUUGAGGUAGGGGGUCUAUGUAUGUACGUGUGA